UCUGCAGGAAGGGAAACUGAGGCCCGGCGGCCGGAGCGGGGCGGGUCCCAGAGCGCGAGCCCCCGCCCCCGGCGGCCCCGCCCCGGCCCGUAAGAGCCCCGAGCGCGAGGCAGCACUCAAGUGGGGACGGCGGGCGGCGGCGCGAUGGCAGCGCAGCGGCUGGGCAAGCGCGUGCUGAGCAAGCUUCAGUCCCCGUCGCGGGCCCGCGGCCCGGGGGGCAGCCCCAGUGGGCUGCAGAAGCGGCACGCGCGAGUCACCGUCAAGUACGACCGGCGGGAGCUGCAGCGGCGGCUGGACGUGGAGAAGUGGAUCGACGGACGCUUGGAGGAGCUGUACCGCGGCAGGGAGUCAGACAUGCCCGACGAGGUCAACAUUGAUGAGCUGUUGGAAUUGGAUAGUGAAGAUGAGAGAGGCCGGAAAAUCCAGGGACUCUUGGAGUCCUGCACGAAUCCCACGGAGGACUUCGUCCAGGAGCUGCUGGCCAAGCUUCGGGGCCUGCACAAGCAGCCGGGCUUCCCACAGUCCAGCUGCUCAGAUGACCCCAGCCUGAGCCCCCGCCAGGACCGGGCCCACACCGCCCCUCCCUGACGGCUGCCCGUCUCUGUAUUCCAGCCCCAGUGCCCAGAUUGUCUCUAAGUUGUAUUUAAUGGUUCUGUUCACUGCC